UGACAAGACCGUCCAACUGGUGCGACCUGGUACUUUCUCUCUCACUAAUCUGCUGGUGAUGCAUUUUUCUCUCUCCUCCACCCCUCCUCUCUCUCUCGAUUUCUGUUUCUUUCUUUCAGAUCUAUUGCCCUUUUUCGACCUUUGGGGGUUUUACCUUAGGCCUACUCGGCAAUCUCUUGCUUUUUCUUCGGGUUUCUGCUCUGCUUUGAUCUUGUCCUCCUUCAUCUUCAUCCUUUUUUUUAAUUUCUCUCUCUCCCUCUCUCUCUCUCUAUUUUCCCUUUUAUCUUCCCGAAAUCGAUUUCACACACUCUCUCUUUCUCUUUCUCUUUCAAAUCGCUGUAAGAGCGGCAUCUCCCGUGGAAUCAAAAAGUGCCUAGGACCCCCCCCCUCCUUUUCCCAGGUUGAAAGAUGCGAGUCAUUUUUGAUCAGAUAAUUCUCCCAUUUUAAAGAAGACAACAGCAAUCCCUCAGUGUCAUCUGGGUUUACCUGUCAGACACUGAGAGGUUCAAAUAGAACGAUUCUUUAUACUUGAAUCCCCCCCCCCCC